CUCGGGCCAACCCCGCCUCACAAUGUUAUAUUCGAAUAAUUGGCCAUGCCGCUGCCACCCUUCCCUUCGUCCUCUUUUCCGGAGAAGGGAGGGAGCGUAAGGGCAGCAGUUUGAUGGCGGGAUCCCCUCCCUUGACAACUUCGCAAUGCGAUGAUCAUGAAUAGAACCAAGGGACAACCCGAAUGGCUGACCGCAAAGGCCAGCCACCCUUUCAAGUGAAGCCUCUUGGAUCACCAUCAUGGUCUCACCGGCCAUGGCAUGGGCAUCAGCCUUGCUUCUUCUCCCGGGCCUCGCCAUCUCGAGUCCUGUGAUAUCGUUUCCAAUAAACUCCCAGGUUCCACCCGUUGCCAGGCUGGGAGAGCCUUUCUCCUUCGUUUUCUCGCCAUCCACCUUCUCAUCCGGCUCUCCGAUCGCUUACAGCCUUUCCAAACCCCCCAAGUGGCUCUCCGUCGACAGUGACGCCCGGCGAUUGUUUGGGACCCCAGGGCAGGAUGAUGUUGUGCCGGGCCAUGUGACGGGCGUGCCCCUGGACCUAGUGGCUACAGAUGACUCUGGGUCAACAACACUCACUGCGACCCUCGUGGUCUCAGCGAGCCCUGGGCCCAGAGUAGAGAUCCCGCUUCAGAAUCAAGUCCCCGAUUUUGGCACGUUUUCUAGCCCAUCGGCCAUUUUAUCCACACCGGGAAAGAGCUUCUCGUUCGAACUCAACCCGAAUACGUUUGCUAAGCCCCCUGGUGCCGUCAUCAGCUACUAUGCCACCAUGGCCGAUAAUACACCCCUCCCGGCUUGGGUAUCCUUCGACUCGUCCAGUCUCUCCUUUACUGGACAAACGCCGCCCGCAGAAUCCCUUGUACAGCCUCCGCAACACUUUUCCUUCCGGGUCAUUGCAACCGAUGUGGUCGGCUUUGCGGGAGCAAUUAUGGGUUUCGAUAUUGUUGUUGGAAGCCACCAACUCGCAGCCGACCGAACUACCAUUGCCUUGAACGCCACACGUGGAACUUUAUUGUCAUACACUGGGCUGAGAGAGACUAUCACGGGUGAUGGCAAACCUGCGGUUCCUGGCAGCGUUGUGAUCGCCGCCACACCCGGUAUCCCUGGCUGGCUUUCCGUCAACAAACACACGUGGCACCUGACUGGAGUUCCGCCCGAUGCGGCAGAGUCCGCCAACUUCACCAUUACACUCCGCGAUAUGUACUCUAACAACCUAAAUUUGACGGUUCUGGUCGACGUGGCGAGUGAUGAGUUUGAGCUAUUCACCACCCGGUCACCCAAACUUACCAUCACUCCCGGCGGACCGUUCUCCUUUGAUCUUAAACCAUACUUGUUGAGCCCUCGGGACACAGAAGUUUCACUUGACACGGGAUCUUCUUAUCCCUGGGUUCGGCUUGAUCCCAGUUCAAUCAUUCUCUUCGGUGAUGCUCCCGAGGAGCUGGGAGAUUCUGCGGUUGACGUCAAAAUCAUGGCCAGGUCGAAGAAGUCGAAGAAAUCAGCUUCCCUAUCUUUCAAGGUUGUUAUCCGCGCGGUGUCGAGCGGUAAAGGGUCAACACCCACCGAUCCUACGUCAACCGGCGACACUCUCGGAGAAGAUCGCUUCAACCCCGUGCUGUUGGCGGUUCUUCUGCCGCUCCUGCUCCUCCUUGCCCUGGCAGUCUGCGCACUUUUUUGGUAUUUCCGUCGACGAAAGAAUCCCCAGAAGCCUGCUCUCAGCACCCGCGACAUCUCAGGCCCUCUCCCUGGGACGUUUGUGACGAACUCCGCUGGUUCGCAUGCUUCUCACUCCCUCCCAGACCUCUCAAACCGCUUCGGCAAGAGCUUUUCGGCGGAUGACGUUUUUGGCUCCGAAAAGAAAGGCUAUUUCAAUUCAAGAACAGUCUUUUUAACAAGACCAGAGCUUUCCCAGUCAACAGGCACGGCGAAGCCACUUCCGCCCAGCAAAAGCCCUAUCUCUGGUCCCGGUACUUCACAAGAAGGCGUCAGACUUACAGCUAUCGUCAGUGGAGCACUAAGCACGUUGCGUCCGGGCACUCGGGGCAAAAUCAACAACUCACUAAGCUCCAUUACCGAGACGAGUAUCGGCGAGCUAGUUGAUUCUCGCCGGCUCGAGUCGGUUGGAAGUGAUAGUAGGCGGACGUUUAGGGACAGGGUCGAAGUCAACGUGCCGAACUUCCUGCAGACCCCUGGUUCGCCAUACGCCGGUUCACCGUCGCCCACAGAGGCCGCUUCAACUCCCCGGCCAGGUUCUUCCCGAACAGCUCCGGAGAUGGAUGCCGUACCACUGAGACCAAGUUUCAGGGCCUCGUAUUACCCCCUUGCGCCGGCGACCCGGAAGCUGUCUUGGCCAUGGCUGAAGGGAGUCAAGGGGAAACGACAUGGCACGAAGCUUGUUCCGGGAAUGCAAAGGUUGAGUGAGCAACCCAGCCUGUUGACGGUGGACACAUUUACUUCUGAGGUCCCCGGACAGCCAUCACCAACCAUCCCGACCACGCAAAGGAACGAUCCAAAUGGGGUGGCGGUUCUAGGGCCCGAGGCCCUCCCGCUCCCACAGUUUCCUCGCCGAGCCUCCCUCAGCCGGCCGCCGACUAGGAACGGGUUGAUCGGGGGUGGGAACCGCGGACACCUUAGCUCAGAAGCACUCCACGCAAGUGAUACAGCAACCACCUUACCCACCCCUAUCCCGAGCGUUCUCGGCGUGGAAGAUGAACCCACGUCUAGCUUCUCCAUCCGCGGGGAAACACCUACGUAUUCUCUAGAUAUCUACGACGGCGUUAUAGAGAAUAACCCUUUCCGCCCAUCUAGGACGUGGUCAACAGUUCCCACGGCAGAUGAGUGGGCGGAUGAGACGGUCGAGAGCCUGACCAUAAGCCGAUCCACUUCCCAACCGCAGCAGAACUGGACAGUACUCCAGGAACCGCCCGUCAUAAAAAGCCGCGAUACGACCGCGCCGGUGAAGUUACCGGAAACCACGGUUCCAGUAAGUCUACCGCGGGCGCGGGAAGGGCAGGGGGUGGAAGGAAAGGAAGAGGAUGACCAAGGAGGAGCGGAGGCAGCGGUUGGGUCUUCUUCUCCGGAGGCUGCUCCGGCAGUUAAUGGAAAAGAAGAGGAGAGGCAAGAAAGGUCGGGGUUGACACGGAAGAGCCAGUCUAACGGGGUUUCAUUACGGUCAGGAGGGAGCAGGUCGGAUUAUGCCGUGUUUAUAUGAGUCUUGGAUAUGAGGUGUGGACGACAGACGUAGACAGGUUGGGAAUGACGCCUUAAGGAUAAUGGGGGAAAACAGAGCAGGAGUCAUCGUAUUACUUUCUGUGUGUCAUUGUAGUUUAUUGUAUUGGUCGAAAGAUCACCCUGAAUUUGGUGUUGUCUGUAUCGGCACGGUGGGAGCGACCUCAAUCGCCUGCUUUCUAGUAUUGCGUCAAAAGGUCUCAGCACUGCCCCCUGCAUUCUCGGCGCACUGUGGUGGCCCGAUCUGGCAAGCAAGGGGAGAAGAGGCCAGACCGUUGGCUGGAGCUGGGGCCGACGGGCACUUGACAGCGAUCACGCGAGAACACGGGAUCUCGCCGUCUUGGCUUCCUGUACGGACGGCAAAGCAAGAUCAAAUUCGGGAUGAAAGAAGCUGCUUGCUGUGCACCUGAAGGUAUAGA